AUGUGUGGUCUGCGCUUGGCCCUGGGCUUUCUCGCCUGCUGGGCCCUCGCUUCUGCGCUCAGCGACGCUUUCGCAGAGCCGUUGGCUUUGGAAGCCUCCACUGAAGUUCCCCUGCUGCUCUCCUUCACCACAGGCUCACAUCCUGAGUACGGUGUGCCCUUCGAGGAUGACGGCUCCACAAGGAUGAUGGUCUCCUUCCAGCUGACCGUCUUCUGUCAACCUCAGCUUGAAGUUUGCCAGUAUGUGGAUCUGGGGGAGAACAGCAACUGUCGAAAGGUCUUGGAAGCCCCUUUGCUGCCUCCGAUUCAGCGCUGCGUGAAUGGGCCGUUUGGCAUCAUGACCUUGGAGCUCCGGGGUACUUUGACAAGAAGCACACGGUACGACCUGCUGGUUCUGGCCACGCUGCCUUCAUCGGGCAAACGCAUCCAGACCUUCAUUGUGCGAACACUUCCUGCAGGUGCAUAUCUCGAUGUGACGCAGGUCACCGCACUGGAGGAGGCCACCGUGCAGAUUGUCCCGGAGUAUGUGACCAAGGCACCAGGUAGCAAGUACGUCACAACCUUCCAGGACGUCGUUCCCCAAGUAGCGAGUCCUGGAACCAAUCUGCACCAGUACAGCUUCAUGCUGGCCGGCUCCAGCAAUCCGUUUGUGGCUGGCGAUGAGAUUCGUAUCUUCUCAUCCCCCUUCCUCUUCGCAGACGAGGGCCUGAGCUUUGGCGGCUUCUGUCCGGGCUUCGACGUUGCCGGGUUUGCUGAUCCGCUGAUGCAUGCCACCUGCACCAUCGAGUCCAUGCCCGAGGAUGGCCGUGCAGGCUACAACAUGCUGGUGCUGCGCUUUAGUUCUGGAGCUUCCUUGGGCACCACGGCACAGUACUUCCGUGUAUCGCUUGCGACGGCAAAAGGUGAUGGUUCGAUCGGCUACUGGUAUGCGGCUUCUCGAGAUGGAGCAGCGGUCUUCGACAAGGUGAUCGCGGCUAGCCGACCUUUCUUUGUGGAACCUCAAGUGGAUGUCUUGGCUCCAGGGUUUGCUUCGGCACUGACCACGUUUGCAGCCCGGCAGCCGCUGCAGCUGACAGUGUUCCCUCGGGUGAACAUCCUCGGGUCGACUGCAAACCCGGAGAAACUGCGUGUGAUCUCGCCGACGUUCCAUAGCAUCACCUCCUGUUCAGUCGACUCACCUCGGCCCGAGGUGCAGCUGGUAGGCCUUUUCGCGGCAGCGUAUUGCGAGCUCUUCUUCGAGGACAACCAAAACCUGUACGCUCACCAAGCGGUUCGGAUCAACCUGGACGUUACAAACCCGGAGGUGGCGCUCCCAGCCGAAGACUGGCAGGUGAUUGUCGAAUCUGCGGACGGUUCUAUGUCUGCGACAACCCUGCUUCGUGGAUGGCCUGUUGUGGCAGCGCUGCAGCAGGCUUUCCUUGUGCCGAUGACGAUGGAAUUCGCCAAGUGGAACGAGGUCCAGCUCUAUUUCAAGCCACGUAGCAACUCGCCGGAGGAGGCACGGGCUUUGCUUGUGGCGCCAUCGGCAUUCCGCUUUGAAGUUCCAUGCGCCUUCGAGAUUUCGGCAGGGUUCCCCGAUCCCGGAGUUACAUGUUCGAAUCCUCUCUCCGACGUCGGCCGCAAUCUCUUCUCCCUGCAGUUGCCGAUGUCGGUGGCCUUUUUUGCAGACACCUUUUAUGCUGCGAAUGUGUUCCCGUUGCGGAAUCCCUAUCCGGGCAGCUUCUUUGGCCUGGAUGACUUACCUUGGAGGAUUGACAUCCUUACGAGGAAUGGUGAAGUACUGGAGACAUCCCGAAGCAUCCCCUUCGGCCCGUACUUGCAGGGCUUCAGUAUCUACCCGCGAGUGGUGUCUGCAGGCUUGGUGCAACCAGCAGUUCGGGCGCCGUCCGUGCAGAAUGUGGUGACGUUGCGCUUUCGGCUGGCUGUCGCCAUAUCGGUCCAUGGCGAGCGGCUCCGAAUCACAGCACCUCAUGGCUACCGCUGGCCAAUAGGCGGUGAUCCGAAACUCUUCGUGAGGGAGUCGCCUGUGACGCUGUCUACGUUGGUCUACGACCCGUCAUUCCCGCCGGCAGUUGAGCCACAGAACCAGUUGGAGCUGACGCUUGUCAAUCCUCAGAUAUCGGCUGGCUCCGACAUGCGCCUGGAAGGAACGGUUUGGAACGCGGCCAGAGAUCCAGAGCUCCAAAACAUUUUCCAGAGCGCAAAUGUCUGGAUGCUGGAGAUGUACGAGCCGGGAGCUGGCUACCUCUUUUACGAGACCCGGAAACAAGCGGGGAUCUUGCCAGGCUUCGCUCUGCAGGCCAUCACCGGGGCAGAAGUCCUGCCAUGGCUGCCGCUCUCCUCCACGCUUCCACUUCCGAUCAUGAUCAGCUUCCGCCUUGGGACGAGCUUUACGGCACCUGCAGGAGUCUUGGCUGCUCUGGAGCUGCUGGCGCCCAGUGGCUUCAGCUUUUCAGAGGCGUGUACGUUCAGCAGGAUCUCCCCACUCCACCUGGAAGUUGAUGGAUUCACGUGGCUUCCAGAAGGCUCUUUGUCGGCGUGUGCUGGGCUUUAUGAAAGCCCCGAGAACCAGAGCACUGCGGAGGCCUCUGUGCAGGAUCGGCAAGUGGCACUUCUCUCGCUCUUUCCAGGCACCACACUCCAGCGUCGGUUGCUAUACGCACUCUACGUUGAGGUGUUCAUCCCGAGCAGCUUCCCGCUGCAGAAUUCCUGGCGUCUUCGCGUCUUUCGCAACGACAGCGGCACUGUGGAGUCAGCGACGAUCCCGGGCUUUCGACAGGCAGAACAGUUGCUGUCGGCUUCCUACCACCCUGGGACGGUGGACACCGGCGAGGACUUGAGGUCUGGAGCAUCAGAAAACAGGGUCAUGUUCUCGCUGCAAGCUGCUGCAACUGUUCCUGUCGGCGGCGCACUUCGCAUCACUGCACCAUACCGCUUCACCUUCGCAGUGGAUUGCCUCUUCUCCAUUUCUCCCUCCGCUGGCAUCCUGGCAGAGCUCCAGGGCGCUCAGAUCUAUGAGGACUUGCCUCGACUGCAGUCCUGCGUCGGCCUGCAAAACACGGCAAGGCUCCUGUUGGCGGAGCGCAUGGACGCUGCCAUCCGCUACUCGUUUCGGCUUGCUGUGGCCAACCCAGCUCUACCCCAUCCCAGUGAUUGGCCAUUUCCGCAAGACAUCUGGCGCUUUGAGACUUUAGAUGCACAAGGUGGCGUGCUGGACGUGGCGCAGGUGAAGGCGUUCUUUCUCUGGACCUUCACUCGCUCCAUCCUGGUACCGUUUGUACUUGGCGCUGCGGAACAAGGUGUCGUGAGUGUGGAACUGGCUCCCUCGCUCACGCUUCCGCCUUUGGGCUCGGUGUUAAUCACAGCUCCGCCUGGCUUCCAGCUCCUGGCAGAGCCCUGUGUAGGCUUCUUUCCAGACACCUUCGGCAGCGCCGAGGGCUUCAGCCCUCUUCCUGCGGGGACGACCUGCAUGCGAGGACCUGGAGGUCCCAACGUAGUGAAGUUGCAGCUGGACGACUUUUCCUACCUCGCUGCAGGGGUCUUCCUGCGUUUCAAGCUUGGCGUGGUGAAUCCUUCCCAGUACAUGUCAGCAGCAGAAGACUGGUUCAUCGCAUCCGUUGAACAAACGGAUUUAGGUGACUCUUACUUGGAGCAGAAUCCUGCUGUUGCAGGCUUCUCGGUGCACCUCCGGCUCGCCUCUUUUGAGCUUCUUCCCAGCUCAGCAAAUGCGGCACGUGCAGCGACCGUCCGUAUCGAGUUCUCGUUACCAGAGGAUCUUGGAGUCUUCCAGGUGGUCUCCAGCACCGAGGAGAGCUUCAUCGUCGUGGACAUGCCGCCUUUCUUCGUUGCGCCAACGGAGGGAGCUGGAAAUCAGACCGUGGAGCCGGUGGUGGCAGACUUUGAGGCAGCAAACAUCCUCCUGAUGAAGCCUUGCGCAUCGUUCACCCGCAUCUCACCGGAUGCCGACUUCUUCCCAACUCAGGCAGAUGCUUGCAUUGCCCUUCCUGGGGCAAACAGCUUUCGUUUGCUCUUGACUGGGAAUUUGGACGUAGGACCCAGCUACAUCUUCGAAGUGGGGGUGUACAACCCUGCUCUUACAGCAGUUCGCCAGCAUCAGAUCUCCCAGGCCAAUUUCUGGCAGCUCCGCCUAGUGCGGCGAAGCGCGGGCCGUGAUUCCACGGCGGCUGGCCGCGCGGCGACGGGCUACCAACUGCUGCCUGUGCUGCAGGACUGUACUAUCACCGCGGCAACGAGUCCCAUCCCAGUGGGCUUCGACACCACCGUGGAGGUGGCUUUCCGCCCAGUCUCGCCAUUAAGUGCAGCCAGCGGCGAUCGCAUUGAGGUGCGACCACCUGCUUCUCUGCAACCGGCGCUUCCGUGCACGAUUUCAGUGGAUGGCGCGCCAGUCUCGGUCAGUUGCUUCGUAGAGAACAGCAGCCUGGUUCUGCGGUUCGAGAGCAGCGCAAUCGUGUUGGGAGACAGCCAGGUGCUCGCUGGGAUGUCUGUGAACUCUGGUGGAAUCCCGUUGACGGCCACUAGUGAGCAGAACCGCUGGGCAGUCGUGACCCAGAAUGCCGAAAACAAGACAUGGGACGAAGCACCAGACGUCCCAGGCUUCACGAUUUUCCCACGCUUGGAGGAUGCACGGGUCAAUCCGAAGGACGUCUCCUCGAUGUCGUUCGCGAACCAUGCGGAGUUUUCGUUCGCAUCCCCCGUGGCCAUCCCUUCAGGGUCUUCUGCCCGUGUUGUGGCACCUGGCGGCUUUACCCUCUUCGCCGCGACUUUCGCCGCAGAAUUCGCUGCAGAAGCAGUGGCAGUCGCCGAGGCGGAGGUGAUUGUCUGGAUUCUGGCCGCCAUCUCUCCUUCACAGCAACUCUCCUUUCGUCUCACAGUGGGAAAUCCCGCAGUCAGUCCGCCGCAGAAUCAAUGGACGCUCGAAGUCCAGAGUCCUCUCAAUGACACCCUGGCUCUCGACCGAGACAUACCAGGCUUCGUGGUUCAGUCAAGCUUCAACUCCUCCUUCAUCGAAGCCGAUGUGAACGAGCCUCUCGCGGAGAACUACGUCCACAUUACUCUGGCAGUGACCCAGCCGCUCUUUGCCGACAGCUUCGGACAGAGCCAGCAGUGUGCGUCCAGCGACAAGCUCUGCGUCUAUGCGACGUGGCUUGAGGUGGUAGCUCCGGAGGGCUUCGUCUUUGCAGCGACCUGUGGCUUUUGGGUCCUCCAGCGCGUCGGCUCGGCGCACCGAGGGCUGCCGCCAGGCAGCCUGUGCCUUGCAGACCCAGACCAUUCGAACAUUGCAAGGGUGCGGCUUUCUUUAACGUUGGAGGCCUUCACCCUCUACGAGUUCACUCUGCAGGUUCGCAACGCCCUCUCCGUGCCUCUCCACAAUGUCUGGGAGUUGAGGGCCGUACAGGAUGGCAUCGUCCGCGAACGUGACGCAAAUGUGGAAGGUUUCGCCCUUCGCCAACUCCGUACCGUGCGUGUCACGCCGGUCACAACACUGGCAGGUGCAGUGGAUAACGCGGUGACAGCCUUGCUCCGUUCAGAGCGUCCGAUCCCACCGAGAGCGACAGUGACCAUGGCUGCGCCGCUGGGCUUCAUCUUCGAUGCAUCCGAGGUCUCCAGUUCAUUCCAACAGGAAAAAGCUCCGCUUGUAAUGAACGACGUCACCUCGGAGGAUGGAACCGAGCCUUCGGGAGCAACAAUCCGUUUCUACGUGAGUCCACAAGACUAUGUGCAACCAAACACCUACUUCUUCGUAAGUGCGCGCAUCCGGAAUCCUUCAGCUACCCCGAGCUCCAACUAUUGGUACUUCUACAUCCAGAGCCAGUUCAUGGAGCACAUUGAUCUGCGCAAGUUUCUUCCUGGCUUCGUGAUGUCGUACCAGAUGCCCUACUUCCAGGUAUAUCCCAACUCUAUACCCUGGAAUCUGGGGACCGCCAAUGAUAUUUCGCUACUAUUUGUGACUUCGUCCGUGAUCUUUAUGGAAAGCUCGGAUGCUCUUCCAGGGACCACGAUUCUUGGUGGCGAGCUUCCUGAGAUCCAGGCUGCCUCAUGGCAGCUGUUGCUCGUGGCGCCCAGCGGCUUCAGCUUCCCGACACGCGGCCCUUUUUCGGAAUCGUGCUCUGGCUUCCAACGCUGGGGUGGCAAGGAGUCCUAUGACCAGCUCCCGAACACCCAGGGCACCCUUCGUUGCACAGUGCGCAAUGCACGCACUGUAGUGCUUGACGUCCCGGCGACGUAUGUGAACGAAACUAGAUACUCCUUCCGAUUGAAUGUGACCGUGGCAGAUCAGCAGGAGGAUGUGGCCCUCCAGCAGCCAUGGACCCUGACUGUGCUGGAAAGUGGCCAGAUCUUGCAUACUGGGGAGAGCCCGAGCCCCUUGCUGGGAGUUUUCUAUGAGGCGCAGUGGUUUUGGGCACCAGGCUCGCUUGUCGGCCAGAGCACGUGA